CCUUUCACUAGCGAUAAGAAUCAAACGAUGAUCAAUAAUAACAAAAAAUAAUAAAAAACAAACUAAACAAAGAAUAAGCUAUCAAGUACAUAAAACCAAAAAUAAAAAAAGAGGUUUGAGUUUGUUGAAUUCCCAAUCUCUCGUUCCUCAUCAGAUCUCGUAGCUUUGUGUGCUCGAUGGCUUCUAAACGGAUUUUAAAGGAGCUCAAGGAUCUUCAGAAGGAUCCACCCGUCUCUUGUAGCGCUGGCCCAGUUGCCGAAGACAUGUUUCACUGGCAAGCUACAAUAAUGGGGCCUCCUGAUAGUCCAUAUGCUGGAGGAGUUUUCCUCGUCACUAUCCAUUUUCCACCAGACUAUCCCUUUAAGCCACCAAAGGUUGCUUUCAGAACGAAGGUAUUUCAUCCGAAUAUUAAUAGCAAUGGCAGUAUUUGCCUAGACAUUUUGAAGGAGCAGUGGAGUCCCGCUCUAACUAUAUCAAAGGUGUUACUUUCUAUUUGUUCACUUUUGACGGACCCCAAUCCCGAUGACCCAUUGGUGCCAGAAAUUGCCCAUAUGUACAAGACUGACCGUUCCAAGUACGAGACCACUGCAAGGAGCUGGACUCAGAAGUAUGCCAUGGGCUAAUGCGAUGAUGUACUAGCUCAAGUGAUAUCUUUGUGUAAAAAUUGGUGUCCUGUCCACCUUCCCAUUCAAGGGACAAAACUUCAACUAAGACUCGAAUAUUAUCUCCAAAGUACAGAAAUUAUGAUUUAGAUUUUUUCUAUGAAAUUAAGUUGUGAGAGAUCAUUGUUUCUGUGAUCA